GAAUGAUUGAUUUUAAUGUCACCACAAGAUGUCGAUAUAGAGCUGAUUAAACUUUUACCGAAAUUAACUGUGAUUUUGACAUUUUUCGUAGGUGGGGGAAACUAUGACGGGAAUACUGGAGUGGGCAUAGGAAUCUUUCUUCAGAAUUUGUCAAUUUGUUUGAAUCAACUUUUCUGUUUCAAAAUGUUAUCUUCGAUCGGUAGAACCAAUUUAUUUCGACAGGUAGGAAAUGUUGCGCAAAGAUUUCAGAGUACCCUUGUGAUUGCUGAACAAAAUGGUGACACACUUUCUCCAGUCACGCUGAACACUAUUACUGCAGCCAGCAAGCUUGGCGGUGAUGUCAAUUGUCUAUUGGCGGGAAAGUCUUGUGCAAAGGCUGCAAAAGAACUAAGUGAAGUAAAGGGAGUUUCAAAAAUCUUAGUUGCUGAAAAUGAUGCAUUCAGUGGAUUUCUUCCUGAGGCUCUUACUCCUUUAAUUGUUGCUGCACAAUCUCAGUUUUCAUACUCUCAUAUAUUGGCUGGUGCUAGUGCACUUGGAAAGAACUUGAUGCCAAGAGUGGCUGCAAAGCUGGAUGUAGCAGCGAUUUCUGAUAUCAUAGAUAUAAAAGCUCCUGACACUUUUGUGAGAACAAUAUAUGCAGGCAAUGCAAUUCAAACAGUUAAAGUAACAGAAUCAGUAAAAGUAUUAACAGUACGAGGAACUUGCUUUGAAGCAGCAGAAGAUGGCGGGAGCGCAACUCAAGAAGCUUUCACGUCUGAUGUUUCAAAUGACCAAUCCAAAUUUCUUGGACAAGAACUGAGCAAGAGUGAUCGCCCAGAACUCACUGCAGCAAAAACUGUGAUAUCAGGAGGCAGAGGAAUGAAGAAUGGAGAGAAUUUUGAGCUACUCUAUACUCUUGCUGACAAACUAAAUGCUGCUGUUGGUGCAUCAAGAGCUGCGGUUGAUGCAGGUUUUGUUCCUAAUGAUAUGCAAGUUGGACAGACAGGAAAGAUUGUUGCCCCGGAAUUGUACAUUGCUGUGGGUAUUUCCGGAGCUAUUCAACAUCUUGCCGGAAUGAAGGAUAGUAAAACUAUUGUAGCGAUUAACAAAGAUCCUGAAGCUCCCAUAUUUCAAGUUUCUGAUUAUGGAUUAGUUGAAGAUCUAUUUAAAGCCGUUCCCGCGAUGACAAAACUAGUCGAAUCAUGACAGAUUAAAUGAUAAAGUGACUUUAUUAAUGCUUAAUUCCUAAUGAAAAAAUUUAAAAAAAAUCUAAUUUAUUGCACCGAGAA